AUGGCAACGAACGCAGACGCGGAGUUCAGCAAGCAAAAUACCACUACAGACGAUAUUCCCCAAGGCGGUGAUACCGUUGACAACUCCUAUGCUAGCCGUCCUGGUCAGAAGCAAAUCCCAGUACUAAAGGACGAGACCCCGGUUGAGCAACCGAACGAUACACGAAACCCUGACUCAGAUCAGGCUCUAGAGCAAGACGAGGCCGAUGCGAUCGAUAAAGGUAAUAUUCUCAAGGGUGGUCGUACCCGAGGAGCCACGAAGCCAGAGGGCACAUAUCAGGACCCAGAAGGCGAGGACGAUCUCCCCGCAGACGAUGGCACUUCUGCCGUCCGUUGA